GCCCUCCCAGUGCCCCCAGUAUGCCCAGUUUGCCCCCUCAGGUGCUGCUGGGGAUCUUCUUCAACGUGCACUCGGCCGUGCUCAUCGAGGACGUGCCCUUCACCGACGAGGAUUUCAAAGACGGCCCCGACCGUCUGUACGGGCUGUUCGAGCAGGUCAGCUACAACUGCUUCAUCGCCGCGGGGCUCUACGCGCUCCUGGGGGGCUUCUCCCUCUGCCAGGGCCGCCUCAACAAGCGCAAGGAGUACAUGGUGCGCUGACAGACCCCAAAAACGCCCCAAAACCGACCCAAAAUACCCCAAAAACCGCCCCAAAAUACCCCAAAAUAACCCCAAAAACCUCCCCGGAAGGAGCGAGUUGGUGCCGGCGCCGCCCAGUUGGAACCAGUUCUCCCAAUAAACCCGCGGGGUCUUUGCCCCCACCCCCA